AUGUUGAAGAACGAAUCGCCGAGUGCCGACCCUCGCCCCCUUUACCAACCCAAAAGAUACUACACUCACUCUGGCGCCUCGUGCCUCACUUCAUACUAUUUUGGCGGCCGCGUGAGCCAGUUGCCGUUCGGAUUAUACACAAAAGACCCCAAUCGCAAUCCUAAUGAGGGAGAGACAUUAAGGCUGGUGGAACGGUAUACUUCGAUCCCCGCACCCCUUUGGGUAGACGACUACCAGAGCACGUGCCCCGUUCUUAUCAUGACAGCCGCACCUGGAGAACCCCUGGAUGAAGUUUUUCACCGACUCUCAUACUCGGAGCGCAAACAACUAUCGACAGAUCUGAAGAACGCCUUAUCGCAACUACUUUCUAUCCCAAAUCAGACUUUUCACCUCUUCUCCAACAGUCAUGGCGGCCCGCUAUUUGAUUAUCGUUUCCCCUCGGGCGUAUGUGGUCCGUUCCACCAUAUUUCAGAUUUCAAUUCCUUUCUUGUUCAUAAACAUGUGCUCAAUGAGACGAAGAAAGAUAUUGCCGCUGUCCACGCACGUCAGUACCGGUCUAUAUUCACCCAUGCGGACCUGCAACCCCGAAAUAUUAUCAUCGACGAAGGGCGGCUGUCUGGAAUCGUGGACUGGGAAUGUACCGGCUUCUAUCCUGAGUACUGGGAUUUUACAAAGUUUUUUUAUACGGUACGGGCAACCUGGGAAAUACAAUUUGUCAUUUUUGAGGCAUUCGCGGGAGAGGAAUAUGAGGAAGAGUUAGGAGCUGAGAGGUUAUUGUGGCGUGACACGCCGUUCGGGUGUUGA